AUCACAUAUUUAGAUCCAUGAAUUUAUGGAGCUAUAAAUACUUAACUCUAAGAAACUCUUAGAUCCAGAAUUAUGUUAAACAAGGCAUUUAUCUCAUUUUAGAAACUUGGCAUACUUCUUUCGUUACAAAAUAAGUUAAUCCAGUAUUGGAUGCGGCAUAAUUCUUUCGUUCCAAAAUAAAUUAAUUUAGUAUUAGAUGUGACAUACUUCCUUCGUUCCAGAAUAAGUUAAUCAGUAUUAGAUGUGACAUAUCCUAAUACUUGAAUUUGGACAUGUAUCUAUCUAAAUUAGUGGUAAUAUGGGUGUAUAUUCGUUGCUACUAGAUUAACUUAACUUAUUUUUGAACGGAUCUAAAUUAGUGGUAAUAGGGGUGUAUAUUCAUUACUACUAGAUUAACUUAUUUUUGAACUGACGAAGUAGUAAAGAUUAAAGAAAGUUUCAGUUUCUUGUUGCGUGACCCAUGUUGCCAAUGCCAACGGCGACGAGAAUCGCCUAUCGUGCAAAUGCAAUCUGGGACGCCAUGUCAAUUUCGCGUUCUCUGGCCCUGUAUCAACGUGGAACGGUGGGAAGCAAUCGGCGGACGGCCACGGUGGCCAUCGCUCGUGAAUCGUCGUGAUAUGCCGCGAGCGCAACGUGUGGUGGAGGCGGGAAACACCAACGCACGCGAUUCGCCGCGUACGCCAGCCGCCCCCGCCUGCCGAGGACGCCAGUUAACUGCCUGGCACCCGCUCAUCAGGGGACAAAUCCUCAUUCAAUUCACACCAUAAAUCACUAUUUAACCAUCUAUUGCAUCUCAUUCUCUCAUUCGCUCAAUCCUAGUUCCAAGUUACAAACUCAUUUCUGUUUCCGCCGAGGCGAGCGCCCAGAGCACGAAUCGGCGAUGAUGCCGCUGAAGAAGAAGAUGGAUCCAUCGGCGUCGAAUUCGAUCUCCUCAUCUCCCUCGGAUAAAAUGGGAGAGCCAGAGGAAAUGGAUGAGGUGGAGCAAGUUUCGUCUGAUCUAAAGUCAUUGAAGACUCUAUAUGGGCUGCUUCACAGGGGUCCGACGGAUGAAACUUUGGAUGAAACAUCAAGAGCCUUCAUGACGAAGAUGUUAGAUGACAUUACUCGUCAGACACUCCUCAGGCAGGCAAAGAUGCUGUCUCCUGCGCUGGAGAGGAAGCUAUCAAUCCAGUCCGAUCAUCGCCGCGACGCGCGGCGACGCCGUGCCGGUGCCGGUGCCGGUCGUGAAGCCGAUAGCCUCGUUCAGCCCCAGCCUCCAUGCCUGUGAGAGAACAAGCCGGUUGAGGACACAAGGCGCGGUGAGAAGACGAGACAGUCGCCAUGGCCGUCUCCUUGCUCGCGUCGCCUCGAACCGCGCGGCAAGAACUGCAGUGCCGCCGCCGGCGCCGAGCCACCGUCAGAGUCUGGAGCGACGCCUUGACCACCUCGCCUCGCACCGUUCGUCCAGAGCCGUGACGCCGCGGCGCGGCACGGUGGCUGCUGGGAAUCCGCGCUCCGACAUGAGGUGGCUGCGCCGUGGCGAUCACUCGUCAAUGGAGCGCGGCGGCGGCAGCAGCAGCAGCAGGCGCCGCUCCCUCUCCCGCGAACCGUCGUCAGCUGUGCAGGAGCGGGGACGGGGGCUGCAUCGCGGCGCCUCGCCGCCGGCGGCACCGCGCGUGGGAGCGGAGGACGGCUCCUCGACGCGCCGUCUCGGGAGGAUGGACUCCGGGUUGUCUGUGAACUUGGUGCCGCCGCCACUGGCGCCGCGACAUGGCUGUCAGCGAGGCGGACGCGGCGCGGCAGCAACGACGAAGCUGUCCUCAUCGACGGACGCGGCUGUCACGAUACGCAGCAGCAUCAGGCCGAGCUCCCGGGAAUUCAUGGAGCGGUCCCCCCGUCGAGCUGGUGAAGCUGAAAACGAUAGGAAGGAAGUUGCCGAUGCUGCCCGGCCAAGCCGUGGUGAACUCUCGUCGAUGGAGCGCGGAAGCAGCAGUCGCCGAUCACUCUCCCGCGAACCGUCGUCAGCUGUUCAGGAGCGUGGACACGGGCCGCAUCGCGGCGCCUCGCCGCCGGCCGCAAUGCGCGUCGGAGCGGAGGGCUCCUCGACGCGCCGCAUCAAGAGGCUGGACUCCAGGUUGUCCGCGAGCAUGGUGUCGCGUCGUGGCACUCCGCGAGGCGGACGCGGCGCGGCAACGCCGAAGCUGUCCUCGUCGACCGACGCGGCUGCCACGACAUGCAGCCGCAUCAGGCCGAACAGUGACCUCACGGAGCGCUCCCUACGCCGAGCUAGUGAAGCUGAUGAAGACGAGAGCCCGCGACAGCGCCGGGGGAAGGGGAAGGAGAAGGAGAAGGCCGAUGACGAUGCUGCCAGCGUCAGCAUGGGCCGGCCAAGCCGGCCGCCGCGGCGAGCUCUGAACCGGAUCAACUCCGGCAGCACGUACAGCAGCAGCAGCCCACCAGAACCGACUUCGAGCACUUCAGGUUACACCUCCUCGUGGGUGCCACCGCGAGACAAAGUGCCGUCAUGGGUGCCACCGCCACCGCGGGGCAAUGCGCCGUCUUGGGUGCCACCGCCACCGCAACCGCGGGGCAAUGCGCCGUCGUGUGUGCCACCACCACCGCAAUCGCGGGGCAUUGCGCCGCCGGAGUACGGGUUUCAAGUGUCAGGCGUGUCGAGGAUCAGCUGCCACCUUCGCCUGGAGAGGAGAGUGGAGCGGAUGAGGAGGUUCAAGGAGAAGCUCGGCACGGUGUUCCACCACCUCCACCACCACCACCACUUCGGUCCCUCGGGCAGCAACGAGGGGGCGCCCCCGCUGCUCAGUCGUGACGUCCACGACAACGGCCUUCACCGCCCGUCGCCGUGGAAGGUUCUCGGCGGUGUCCUCCACCGCGCGACACGCCGUGGGGAGAAGAAGACCAGGAGCGUGCCGGCAGAUCGGCGUGGCGGCGUCGAGCACAUGCUGUUACACAUGUGGGACAAACGGCGGGCGAUGGCGAAGCAGCGUGGCGACGGCGGCGGCGGCGGCGUCGGGCGCGCACUGUUCCAAAUGUGGGGCAAACGGCGGGCGGCGGCCAAGCGGCGUGGCGGCGGCGUCGGGCGCGCGCUGUUCCAAAUGUGGGUCAAACGGCGGGCGACGGCGAAGCGACGGCGUCGGGCAUGCGCUGUUCCAAAUGUGGGUCAAACGGCGGGCGACGACGGCGAAGCGGCGUGGCAGCGACGGCGGCGUCGGGCGCGCGCUGUUCCACAUGUGGGGGAAACGGCGGGCGACCGCAAGCGCUGGAAUGUGGGGUACGGGAAGCCGGUGGAAGGCCAAGAAGCUGCACUGGUGGCAGCGGGUGAGGCCACGGCGCCGUUCAGGACAUGGAAAGGCAUUGCGGUAACAUGGUACUGGUAGAAUCUGUGUCUCUACUAUUUUGAAACAAAUUUUAAAUUGUAGAAGUUUGCUAUAAUUUAAGACGAAUGGAGUAGCUUAUUUGUAAUUUGUUUCACAGCUUAUUGCUCUAUAAGAAACAAUGCAAUAUAUUUUCAUUAGAAGCAAAUAUUCCUCUCUCAAUCCAGGGGUUAAAGUUAGUCCAUUCUCACAGCGUGGGAACCUAAAAGAAAUUCAUUGUCAUUACUAGACGAAGGGGUACAGCUUAAUCAUCAAAGCUAACAAUCCUAGUAUGUAAAUUUCAGCUAUCGCAUAAAUAAGAAAUAAUAUGUAGAUAGUAAAGGACAAGGGAAAUUUUGAGAACCGUACUUUACUAAAAAUCUUAUGUAUUGCGGUACAUGUGAGUUUAUCUUUUUUGGCAUCACGAAAAUAAUGUUUGAUAUCUAGGAACAGUAUAGUGCUCCGUUGAAUGCUAAAGAAUCAAUAACUUGUCUGAAUAAUUUACCCCUUACAGCUGAUGGUGUAUGUAGUCAUAGGCAUUUGCAUAUGUGCAUGAGUGCAUAUGUUGAAUGCCCAUAACUACUCUAAAUAGAUAAUUUGUUGUUGAAUAUUGCUGUGACGGUUUG